AUGGUGUUGAUCAACGGAGUCAAAUACGCCUGCGAAAGAUGUAUUCGUGGGCACCGUGUGACGACCUGCAACCACACCGACCAACCCUUGAUGAUGAUCAAACCCAAGGGGAGACCUUCGACAACAUGUGCGCAUUGCAAAGAACUCCGAAAAAAUAAGAAUGCCAAUCCCACCGGAGUUUGUUCGUGCGGGAGGCAGGAGAAGAAGAGACUGGCACAAAAGGCCAAAGAGGAAGCCCGUGCAAAGGGCAAAAGCCUGAAGGAUGAAGACUGUAAGUGCGGGCUCGGCGAAAAAUGCGUUUGCCACACGAGUCGCCGAGCGCGUCGUACGCCCUCGUCCAAAUCCAAGACCGCUUUGUCCUCGGUACACUCCGUCGACAGUUCGUCCGUCUUAGGUUUCGAUUCCUCAGAUCAUCUCGGCAAAGUUUUCAAAAAUCAACAAAACCUACCGUCACUGACCUCGUUCCAUUCAUCGCAAUCUCUGGACCAAGAUUUCGCGCUGGCCACCAGCCCGACUAUAUCUACUGCCUACUCAAACGGUAACAACUGGGACACUAACUCCAUUUCGAGCUCUCUUAGAUCUGAGUCGAGGCUCAACAUGUUGGACAGAAGCCAAAACAGUAUUGGUUUGGACCCACUGGCGCACAUGAAACCCGUCACGGCAUCUACGCGAGUACGCGUGGGCGAAGUGAACGUUCCAUUGGAAGAAUACGUUCCACCUGACAUAAACGGCAUCGGGAACGUGAGCGACACGUCCGAACUCCCCAAAAAUACUCAAUGGAGUUCUUUUGAAUCCGGCAAUGGGUUGUUAGAUUUGUUUGCAGACACUUCAAGGGCUAGUACAAACUACUCGCAGAUGAAAAGCAAUCAUCAUCAACAAAGAAAAUCUUUGGAUUUCCAUACUCGUGAUGGAGGACCAUCUCCCCCGGACAAUUUCACCCCAAAUAUGAUGAAAUCGAGAUCAUGUUCUCAACAAGAGCGCCCAUUCAUUUUCAAAUCUAAAAGCACCCUUACCAAUAACUCUUUGGAUCGUGCGAGACCAUCUAUAGCACCCCUCAGAAGCGAGGAAUCGUUAUUGUCCUCUCAAUAUGGCGGUCCCUUGCACGAGCCGUUGCAUCAUUCCUAUUCCAAUCGGCAGUUUGCGCCCCAACUUGAUACUGUACAAGAUGAAACGCGAUCUUCCUUCGAUGGAGGACAUGAUAAUGAAAGCGUUCAAAGUGUCGAGGUUCUUUCAAUCACCCCAAGUUUCAUGGAUAUCCCUGACAACAGUAAAUUAUAUGCCCCAAGCUCUAACCCUUUCCUACCUCAACCCCCAGUCUCUAAUCCUCGUAAACGAUCGGUAAGCAUACAUCGAAAUCAUCGCUAUGAGUCUGACAAUAUUCCAUCGAUGCAAAGGGUACCUUCAGAUCGCAUUCUGGAUAGAAGUAAUUCUAGUAUAGCGAGCCGACGUGAUAGGCAAGAUUACUCACAGCAACGAAUACCUCUUUCCAAUUCUGUGAAAAACAAUGAUUUGGCAUCACACCCUGGAAGUAUCAACCCUACCAUUUUGUCCAAUUUUGACACCGUUGCGGGAUCUUCCUCUAGUAAACCUUCGCCUCGUGGUGAUAGCUCUUAUGCCAUCAAAUUGUCAAACGACACAUCUCCGGUAGACGAUCUGAGCGACCGCCUUUUGGAGCCCACGUCCAGCAUAACUUCAGAACUAGAACAAAUCCUUGCAUCGAACACUAAUGAUAAUCAGCCCGCAUUUUUUGCGCCGAUGAAUACUUUUGAAGCAACAGACAUACCUUCUGAUGAUUCUCCUUUGCGCGCAUCCAAAUAUAUGACAACUCCGUCCCCUGGCCAAUCAAUGAAUGACCUAAAUUUCGCAGAACUCGAUAAUUUGAUGACAGACUUGUGA